GCCCCUCAGAAGGCGGUGGCAGUAACUCUGGGGUAUUAUUUCAUUUACGCCGUGGGACUGUCAAGAGAGUAUUGAUUACCCCUCCACGAAUCCCCUCGACUACGACGUCAUGGCGGCCGAUACGGCUUCAGACGAGCUACUGAGGAGGCCACUGUAUGUGUAUGACCUACCACCGCAGCUCCUCUCGACGUUCACCACCAAAGCUGCCGACCAACCGGUCGCGGUGGGAGAAGCGAUCGAAACACCCAGCGAGACCCCGGAUGUGACAACCCAGGAAUAUGCAGUCGCGACGUCCACCUCCUGUGCUCUUUGCAAGGUCUCGUUUGCCGACGUGCAGGAACAACGGAGCCAUGUGCGGUCGGAUCACCAUAGAUAUAACCUGAAGGCGCAGCUGCGGGGGAACCCUACUCUGGAUGAGGUGACCUUUUCAACGGCGAUAGGAGAGCUGGACGAGUCCAUUUCCGGGUCCGAAUCGUCGGAGGCGGACGAAGAUGAAGACGAGACACUGGCUGAUGUGACUCUGACGGCCUUGCUGAAGAGACAGGCGAAGAUCUCACAGGCAGCGGGAGAACAGGAAAGAAACAUGCCUGCAAAGCAGAAUGCUGGCAAAAGCCCCAUUUUCUGGCUGUCCAGCUCUUUGUUUCCGCCAAAUAUCUCGCUGGGUGUCUACCGAGCACUCUUCACAGAGGCCGAGCAAGACGAGCCCGCUCAUCUGGUGGACUCAUUGCGAAAGAAGCAACUGGCCCCCGUCAGCGCUCAGAGGAAGGCGGAGCCGGCGGCGCCUUCGACCCCGUCUCCAUGUAUCUUCAUGUGUAUGAUCGGGGGUGGUCAUUUUGCGGCAAUGGUCGUGUCGCUGGCCCCGGAGAUCCACCGCAGGCAAGGAGGUGUAGAUGAGAGGCAAGCUCGAGUGAUCGCACACAAAACCUUUCACCGCUACACGACACGGCGGAAACAAGGUGGUUCGCAGUCUGCGAACGAUGCUGCCAAGGGAGCAGCGCAUUCGGCCGGUUCGAGCCUGAGACGGUACAACGAGGCGGCUCUUGAGAAGGAGAUCCGAGAGCUGUUGGCAGAAUGGAAGGAAAUGAUCGAUUCUGCCGAGUUGCUCUUCAUUCGAGCGACGGGAAGUACGAAUCGGAAAAUUCUUUUUGGUCCGUAUGAUGGACAGGUCCUAAGGAAUAAUGACCUCAGAAAUCGAGGCUUCCCGUUCAGCACGCGACGGGCUACGCAGGCCGAACUGAUGAGAUGCUUCAAGGAACUCACUCGGGUCAAAGUCAGCGAGGUGGACCAGGUUGCUCUGAUCAGCGCGGAGAAGAAGGCCGAGCAGGUCUCCUCCAAACCAUCCACGCCGCGGCCGCAGCAGCCGCAGAAGCCCAAGCUGUCCAAGGAGGAAGAAGCUGCAAUACUCCACACUACCCAGAUCCACGCCCUUAUUCGCCGCUCCAAAAUACCGGCUCUACUGUCCUAUAUCAGCAACAGCUCGAUCCCUCCUUCAUUCACCUUCAAGCCGUCCGACUCUCCACAGAACUUCCGGUGCCCUACCCCUCUCCAUCUCGCUGCCAAUUCCAACUCGCCAUCGGUCGUGGCGGCUCUCCUCACCAAGGCCGGUGCGGACCCAACCGUACCCAACAGCGAGGGCAGGACACCAUUCGAGCUCGCCGGUGACCGAGCCACCCGGGACGCCUUCCGCGUUGCUCGCCAUGAGCUAGGCGAAUCCAAAUGGGACUGGGAUGCCUCACGUGUUCCGUCAGCGAUCUCCAAAGCCGACUCGGAUCGCCGCGCGGAACGCGAACGCAAGACGGCCGACGAGGAGGAACAGAACCGUCGAACCGCCGAAAUGGAGCGCCUGAAGAAAGAAGCAGAUGCCGCCAAGGUAGCCCCGUCCUGGGACGCCAGGAGACCUGGCGGCCGCAGUCUCGGAGCCGUCGAGAAGACCGCGGCCGAGAAGCGCGACGAAGAGACGCGCGGGAUGACUCCAGAGAUGCGGAUGAGACUUGAACGAGAGCGCCGCGCGAGAGCAGCCGAGGAGCGUAUGCGGCGAAUGCAGGGUCCAUAACCUAGAUUACGACUUGAAUUGUAGAUAGACAUGAAAUGCAAUGUACAGAAUGAGU